GACAUCGACUGGCGAUUCUUACCACAGCAUGGUUUACUGAUCCGUCCAAUAACUGUUGGAUCAUUUUAAGAUAUAAAUAUAUUUUCUGAAAUUUGGCCUUCAAACUUUAUUUGAAUGGGCUAGCACAAGACACAGAAAGUAUGCCGUCUGUCGGGGCUAGACUUCAGGAGAAGAGGGCCCUGAGUGGGGCCCUGAAGGCCCUCAGAAAGCCCCAGCACUAUGUGGCCCCCGAGAAACAGGGAGACAUGUACCCUAUGUACUGGCCUGGAUAUGACCAUACAGAUGUGGAAAAGCGCAUCAAUGGUGUUCAGGCUACACUGUCCCUUUUUGCACCAUUCCCACAUGAAGACAUGAAAGAAGAGGAACCUAACAUGGAGCUGGAACGGCCCGUCACUCCGAUAGAUGAGGAAAUCAAGUCUCAGCCAAUGACAUUUGAGAAGCUAGCUGGCUACAUACGACGCCGUUUAUCACCAAGACCAGAUGUGCCCCAUUUGACAGCAGACGAUCAACAGCAUCUGGGUGGAAUACUGAUGGGGGAAGUGACAGGGGUGUGGCCAGAGAUACGAAAACAGAUUGAUGAUCCAUUCUUGAGCCCGGAUGAGAACAAGGAGUUGAACAGACGUAUAGCUGUCCACAUUGUCACGGUCUGUGAGCAGCUCUUCCUCCACUAUCUCAAGAAGGCAGAAGUGUUGAAUGGCCGAGGAAUCUUCAGUGGGCCGGCAAAUAUGAGUCGGCUUAAAGCUCAGCUUUCCCUUGAUGCCAACAAAUUUUUGAACAUCCUGACUAUCCGUCGGUACCUGGUGAGUGACAUACGAGGUCGGACCGACCUUGACCCUGCGGGUUCGGACGACUUCCUGUUGGCAUCCCCUCGGUCACGUGACUCUGACUCACAGCCGGCUAAGAUGACCUACAAGACGCUGAUUGAAACCAGUCGACCAAAAUCAAAGACAAAGAAGUUCCAUUUCAAGAGUCCGGAGCAUGAGGCCCAGAAAAUCGUAGCCAGCAUGCCGACCCUUGACAAGAGACCAGUGGAGGAGUUGAUAGCCAGCCUGCCUGACCGACCACUUCAAACACCAUCAGAAGAGUCGGAGCAUCCAAUGUCCAGAAUGUCAGACACCAAAUCCCCGGUUUCAGGGAUUUCCAAGGAGACGAUAUCCAUACAGAAGGUGGUGCUCAAGCGUUCCUCGUCACUUCCAGAGAUCUUUGCAGGAGAGAACCUCAUGGAGGAGCUCGGCAUUGACCCAGAUAUCCGGGUGGACAAGUUGGACCAACAGGAAGUGGAGCUGCUCAAGAAGGACAACGCCCGUAGCAACCAGGCCAAGAUUGACCCCUCAAGCAUGGCCCCCCAGCAAGGGACACGUGGGUUCAUCGCUAAUGACCUCCAGCGCCUGAUGAAGAAGGGUGAGGAAGAAGUGAAGACUGAUGAAGAUAUGCCGCCUUUGUUACAGGCCAUCACUCGCCAUUCCAAACACGAUGGUUUGAAGGCUAGACUGGAGAAGAAAAUGAAAGAACUCGAGGAAAAACAGCAAAAAGAACAUGAACAGAGAAGCAUCCCGUUGCGAGCCCCCAAACAUCCCCAGCCAGCCACAGUGAAGACAAAACUGCCGAACAAGAUGGAGGUGCGUACGUCGGAUAUUCGCGUGUCAGAGAGGGUGUGCAUAUCCUCCAUCACUCUCGAUAGAUACGCCACUGUCUACAAUGACCUCAUCGAUGAGAUUGAUGCCUCCACCGUGAAGCAGUUGGACCGUAACCUGUUCCUGGGAGAUGAGAUACGGGAGGUGUACCAGGAGAUCAUGCGCACCAUCUCCACACAGCACCUGGAGCUGGAUGAUGAUGACAGGGUGGUGUCAGCAGCUGACUCCGUGAACAUGACGGGGACAAUGGCGUCUGCCUCACUGGUGCGCAGGCGGACUGACCGUGUGAUUAACCCAGUCUUCGCACAGAACCAGGCCAAGCCCCCUUGGGGAGAGAUGGACCCAAAACAGUGGGUCAGAACGCCAAACAAUCCUCCAAAGAAUUUCCAGGGAGAUGAUGUGUUUUCCUCAAUUAACUGGAUAGACUGGCCAAAAAUAAAGACCCCCAACAUGGACAAAGUUCACGAGGUAUUGCGCAAUCCCUCCAAGAUGUCCCAGCUGGUGACGGCCACUGAGGAGUUCCCGUCCUACGUGCAGGACAAGGUGGCGCGCACGUACGCCUCGUGGCUCCAGUGGUGGAAGUCCACCAUCACCAGCGAUGACUAUCUAAAGUAUCUCUCAACUCAGGAGACAGACUACAUGGGGGCGGUGUUCCACUUCUACGACUCUGGUGAUGAAGAUGAGGACGAGGAGGAUCAGGUUGCGCCGACUGGCCUGCCAGCCACCCUUGGCACCACCACGGUCCACCAUGUGACACACAAACCCUCAGCCAGCCGCGCCACUCACUCCAGCAAACAGUCCAUACACAAAGAGAAAGAGAAGAAGCUUGAGGAGAUGAAGGCAGCCAAGGCUGAGUACCAGGAGGGCUUCUGGAAUGUCAACUCUGUUCUCAUGGGCGGACUGGGCAGGGAGCCAGUGAUUGAAGAGGAGGAUGAGGAUAGUUCCAGCAAGGCGCCCAAGUCUGCUGACACUCAGCGCUCAGCCAAGACCCUGAAGGAACGGGCAGCAGCAAGGCAGUCUGCUAAAAUGGAGAAGUCUCGGCAGGACAUCACAGUGUCACGUGCCUCUAAGGUGACCACAUUGACGACCAUCAGCAAGAUAGAAACAGACAGAUCUUCAGUGCAGAGUGAGGCCGGUGAAGCCCCGUUGACCCCCCAGGACCGAUUGGAGCAGGUCUGGAACAACCUUGAGAUGCCAGACAGCCUCAAGCUUGAUAUGGCCAUCAAAUACAGCUGCAACGAGUUCUUCAGUAAACUUGCAGAGGCGAUUGAACGCUGGGAGAAGGUGACUCAAAUGAUCCUCCGUAGAGAAGAGCUUCUUGUGAAACUCGAGAAGUUUGAACGCACCGCUUCAGAUCCCAACAGAUUCUUUGAAAAAGGCCAGAAGCGAAGUUCAGUUCAAAGAUUAAAAGAAGCACAGCAACGAAGCUACAUUUAUAAGAGGAUAGAUGCUAUAGAUACUGACAUUAAACAGGAGCUGGAUUUCAUCAGGAAGAACUUUAAGGAUGUUAUAACAUACAAGGGUCGCCCGUACCAAGACAAGAUGAAGUGGGACCGUAUAGAGAUGCUGCACUGGCUUACAGAGGAGCGCAAGCAGAAUGCCCUCCAGUACGAGGCCAUCUUGAAGCAGGUGCCACUCAAGCCUGCACAGCUCGAGCCAAUACCCAUGGCCUUGCCUGCUCCACAGAAAGUCAUGUAGAUUCAGGGGCUUGUAUUCACAAAGCUUGGCAGGACACUAGUUGUUAAAAGUUCAUUAGGAAAAUUGUAUGGUUAUUUGAGAGCAAAAUUGAAUUUGUUAUGUAAAAUCCAAUGCUUUAUCGUUACAAAAUGAUAAAAUAUUAGCAAUGUUAACAAUAAGAACAUGUUUUAGAUAUUUUAAUGUUCAAAGAUUUAUACACAAAUAAGCCAGAAAAUUUAGGUAUGAGUUUAAGGAUUAUCCGUAAAAUUUCCCCCAGGGACUUUGUGAAUACUGACGCAGGUCUUUUACUUACCUACUUACACAUUUAUUGGACUUGUGUACUGCACACAUUUGAUUUUUUUAACCAGUGGAACUUUAUUAAUUGAUGAGAAUAUUUGUUUGUUGGAAUAUAGUUAAUGAUUCAAAAAUACUUCUAUGGAUGACUUCAUACUGAUAUUAAUUAUUAAGUGAGGAAUUUCUAAUGAAUGCCAGAGGAAUUUGAUGUCUGAUACGAGCCCCACUCUGGCACAUGGGGAAGUCAACGCAGGCUAAUCAGGGAUGACUUGUGCCAUCCGGACUGGAUUUUCAUUUACAAGCAACCUAUUUUAAACAAAACAAAUCCGUAAAUACAGAAAGUGUCAUCCAUGAUUAGCCUGUGUGUAACACUCCGGCUAAAUCUGGGACAACACAUAACACAAUGGCAUUAAGACCAUGUUUCCAGCGCAAGGCUCAUAAAAGUAGCUUUGUGCCCUUGUAACUUGGUAGUGAUCUGACAGAUAUUGAAACUUUUACCUUAGGUUCAAGUUACUAUAUUUAGAAUUUGUUUCAGUAAGUGUUGUUUUUGUUUUAUUUGUAUUUUUAUGGCAUUUUCAAAUGAUCAUAUGUUGAAGUAUGUUUUGUGGUGUGCUUUAUUUUCAUCUUCAAUAAAAAUGAAUCCAAUACUGAUAAUUUUGGAAUGAAAAGAAACUGUCAUUAUGUGAUAUUGACCUUUUGUAAGUCUCUGUGAUAACCAUGUGAUACAAAACUUCCGUCCAUGCUUUUAAUAUUGACUUGAUAUUAUUAUUCACCUGCAACAUUUUGCUGCAUUUUUAAAUGCUGAAUGACAUUAGAUGAUUGUUAAACAAGGAAUAUUUGCUGCGACCAACUUUGGCUGAUUUGUGCCCUUUGUCAUUUCUAAUGUGGAAUAUAUAAAGAAUGUGUCUGUGCCCAAACAUAAUACUGUUAGGGCAUCAGUGCCUGUGACACAUUUCUUGUUUUUGCUAGUAACAUAUCAGUGUGCUCCAAUUUAAUUUAUCAAUAGUUUUCUCACAUUAUACAUGUAACUGCUGACUAAUUUAUUUCAAAAUAGUUUCAUUAUAAAGGGCUUUUUGUGAUAUGUUUUGCUUUAUUAAGAAGAAUAAAGAACUAAUUUGUGAA